AUGCGUGCGUUCAACGUCAUAGCCGCGGCGCUUCUGGCACGCGUCGCGGAAGCUUCAUCCCUCAAACCGCCCAUCCUGCCGUUGAUUGUGAGGAAUCCAUACCUAAGCACAUGGCUACAGAAUGCACGAGAAGAGCCUUGGAGCAAAUGGCCCAUGUUCUGGACAGGGGACGAGAUUGGAUUUGGAGUGCUUGCCUCUGUCCCGGACACGGACAACGUGUACCCGCUACUUGGCCGACCGCACGACUCGCUUGAGCAGAGCAGUGAGCACUACACUGUCGCGUUCCCCAUAUACAAAGGCGCAAAGUACGAUGCUUCGACGACGAACCUGACGUACACCAUUCCGGCACCUCCGAAACUCGCCAGUGCUGGCGAUGUCGAGAUCACGCUCUCGUUCCUCUCGCCCAUCACCCCGACGUCUACGCUGCGCCAAUCGAUACCUGCUGCGUAUCUGAGCAUCUACGUGCACGGAAGCUUCGAUGUAAAUAUAUAUGUGGAUGUCAACGGACAAUGGGUUAGCGGCAAGCGAGACAGCCCCAUCGAGUGGGGCCUGACGGAGCGGGAGGCUGCCGGUUCCGCAAAGGGGCUGAAGACGUGGAGAGUCAAGCGUCAGGUCGAGCAGAUCUUUACUGAAGAACACGAUCAGGCUGAAUGGGGUCAGCUGCACUUUACUGGGCCAAGCGAUGCACGCCAUGAGUCGGGCACUUCGGCUUUGCUGAGGCAGCGGUUUGCAAAGACGGGAACACUACAAGAUCAGGUCGACGACAACUUUUGCUCCAUCAUGGAUGAAGAGCCUGUUUUUGCUUUCUCCAAGAGCUUCAAGUUGAACAACGCGUCUUCAAUGUCGUCGAAACCAACUGAGCAGAGCGUGCUGUUCACCAUCACCCACAUACAGGACCCUGUUACGCAGUACGCCUCGGCGCGCGGGCUCACCUUCAUGAAGCCUCUCUGGUCAUCGUGGUUCCCCGAGGACAACAAACUCAUUCAGUUUCACUACGGAGAUUUUGCAAACGCCAACAGCCUGGCGAGCAACUACUCCGAGCAGCUACGCGUCGAUGCCUAUCAGUCUGGCUCUACAAAUUACGUCGACAUUGUGGCGCUUUCUGCUCGACAAGCCAUGGGCGCCACGAGUUUCUCGGGAACGCCCGAAAACCCUCUGCUCUUCUUGAAGGAAAUCUCAUCAAACGGCAACAGCCAGACAGUCGAUGUCAUCUUUCCAGCCUUCCCGUUCUUCCUCUACACCAACCCUCGGUGGCUUGCGUACUUGCUUGAACCACUUCUGGAACACCAGCUUAGCGGCCAGUAUCCAAACAAGUACUCGAUGCACGAUCUUGGCGCGCAUUUCCCGAACCUGACUGGACAUGCCGACGGUCGAGAUGAGUAUAUGCCUGUAGAAGAGUGCGGAGACAUGCUCAUCAUGGGCCUGGCGCUCAUCAACUCUAUGAGCUAUAGCUCCGACGGCGAUGCUCAAUCUAUAUGGUCAACUGUUGGUGACGACACCGAUGCUGUAGACUCGAACGAGACGCCUUUUGCGCUGACAAACAUCGGCCAACAUGGCGGCAUCUCCUACAUCGACGACACCUGGGGUGGUAGUACCAAGGGCGUCAAGCAAGCCAAGAAAUGGCUGGAGGGCAGCUACGAACUCUGGAAGCAGUGGACAGGCUACCUGGUCGAAGACGCCCUCGAGCCCCACAACCAGCUCUGCACAGAUGACUUCGCUGGCUGGUUGCCCCUCCAAACGAAUCUCGCUCUGAAGGGUAUUGUCGGCAUCAAAGCCUUCAGCGAAAUCGCCGACCUUGUGGACCGCUCUGCCGACGCAAAGCACUAUCGUAACAUCUCAGAGACUUACAUUGAGAAGUGGCAGGAGUACGGUAUUUCCAGAGACGGGGGCCACGCUAAACUGGCGUACGACUGGUACGGGAGUUGGACGACGCUGUAUUCGCUGUACGCAGAUGCAGUGCUGUGCUUCCAUCCGAGCAUCACCGACUCUUCAUCCUCGGAACGUGAUGUCGAAGUUGUCGAUGGCUUUUCAGCCGGCGCUGAAUCCGCCCAAAGACCACUCACCCCCAGCAGAGCCCACCACGGCCGCACCCCAAUCACGCACAACUUCAUCCCUUCCAGCAUCUACAAGAACCAAUCCGACUGGUACGCCGAAGUGAUGCAAAAGUACGGCCUACCCCUCGACUCACGCCACCUGUACACCAAAUCCGACUGGGAAUUCGAAGCCGCCGCCGUCGCCUCGAAGCGCGUGCGCUCCGAGAUCCUCGACCGCGUGGCGCGCUGGCUCAACGAGACGGUCACGGACCGCCCGUUCACCGACCUGUACAACACCGAGGGCGACGGCGGAUUUCCCGGCCCGUGGUUCUUCGCUCGGCCGGUCGUCGGUGGGCAUUUUGCUUUCUUGACGCUCGAGCGGGCCUGUGGCGGUACGGCUGCCAGGGCGUUUGACUAG